AUGGAACAGCAAAAUGGCACGGGGACGGAGAUUAGUCCCACCACUGUGAUACUGAGGACAGAUGAAAACAUUUCGGUUCUACCUGGCACAGUGACUGGGGACGGGGAUGAUGAUGACGAAGGAGGGGAUGAGAAUAAAGCGAGAGGAAACUGGUCCAAUAAAAUGGACUUCAUUCUCUCAAUGGUUGGAUAUGCUGUUGGUUUGGGAAACGUCUGGAGAUUCCCAUACUUAGCCUUCCAAAAUGGAGGAGGUGCUUUCUUGAUUCCUUAUCUAAUCAUGUUGGGUCUUGCUGGAAUCCCCAUAUUCUUAUUGGAGGUGUCCUUGGGGCAGUUUGCAAGCCAAGGACCCGUGUCGGUAUGGAAAGCAAUCCCUGCUCUUCAAGGUUGCGGGAUUGCCAUGUUGAUAAUAUCAGUCCUGAUAGCCAUAUACUAUAACAUAAUAAUGUGCUGGACAUUGUACUACCUGUUCGCUUCGUUGAAGGGCUCACUCCCCUGGGCGAACUGCAAGAAUAAAUGGAACACUCAACACUGCAAGGACAAAGACAUGCUUCUUCUUGAUUCAUGCAUUCUGCGGGAUGCGAACGCCACCUCUAUAAGGAAUACUACACUAUGUUUGUCUGCUGAUGUCAUUGGGAAUCUGAGCAAACUCACUAACAUCACAUCUGAGAUCAACAAUACCUAUGUCAGCCCAAGUGAAGAGUAUUUUAAAUAUAAUGUACUGAACAUCUCCAGAGGAAUAGAAUACCCAGGGGAAAUCCGCUGGCCUCUGGCCCUCUGUCUUCUCUUGGCAUGGGCUAUUGUCUACGCCUCACUGGCUAAAGGAAUCAAAUCAUCUGGGAAGGUGGUGUAUUUCACAGCUACGUUCCCCUACGUGGUGCUGGUGAUUCUGCUGGUCAGAGGAGUUACUCUGCCUGGAGCUGGGGAUGGCAUCCUCUACUUCAUCACUCCCAAGUGGGAGAAACUCUACGAUGCCAAGGUGUGGAAGGAUGCUGCAACCCAGAUCUUCUUCUCCUUGUCAGCAGCCUGGGGUGGACUCAUCACGCUGUCCUCCUACAACAAGUUCCAUAACAACUGCUACAGGGACACCAUCAUUGUGGCCUGCACCAACAGUGCCACCAGCAUCUUUGCAGGGUUUGUCAUCUUCUCUGUCAUCGGGUUUAUGGCUCAUGAGCUGAAAGUGCCCAUCGAACAGGUGGCUGAUGGGGGUCCUGGCAUAGCCUUCGUAGUGUAUCCAGAGGCCCUCACCAGACUUCCUCUCUCUCCUUUCUGGGCCAUCAUCUUCUUCCUCAUGCUACUCACCCUGGGACUGGAUACCAUGUUUGCCACCAUUGAGACCAUAGUGACGUCUGUGUCAGACGAGUUCCCCAGAUAUCUGAGGAAGUACAAGGCCCUCUUCACCCUGGGGUGCUGCACCUCUUUCUACAUCCUGGGGUACCCCAUGAUCACAGAGAAUGGAAUGUAUAUGCUUCAGCUGGUGGACACAUAUGCAGCCUCAUACUCUCUGAUCAUCAUCGCCAUCUUUGAACUUGUGGGAGUAUCAUACAUUUAUGGUCUGAAGAGGUUCUGUGAAGACAUUGAAAUGAUGAUCGGGUUCCAGCCAAACAUGUUCUGGAGGGUCUGCUGGGCCUUUGUGACCCCCACCAUUCUCACAUUUAUCCUGGGUCUGAGUCUGUACCACUGGAAGGUGAUGACCUAUGAGACCUACACCUACCCCACCUGGUCCAUGGUGAUGGGCUGGCUCAUGGUGGUGUGUUCUGUUAUCUGGAUCCCCAUCAUGUUUGGCAUCAAGAUGCACCUGGCCCCUGGCACCUUCAUCCAGCGUCUGAAGCUAGUGUGCUCCCCUCAGCCAGACUGGGGUCCCUUCCUGAUGAAGCACAGAGGAGAACGCUACAAGAACAUGAUCGACCCGCUAGGAACCAACUCCCUGGGGCUCAAACUCCCUCCUAAAGGCCUGGGCCAGACCCAGUGCUAAUGUCUGUUCCUGGACAAGUGACAAAGUUCACCAACUCUGCAGUAGUCAUCUGUUGUUCGCUCUAUUCAACGUUUGCACACUUUUCUAUAGAUUAC